AGAAACGUCGCCCUCUCCUGACCACAGCAGGUAAUACACCAUUUCCCACAAUGCUGCUGCCGCACCAGCCCGGAAGUAAGACGUUUAUUGACAAUAUGGCCGCCGUGCUGGGUUUGGAUUUGGAGAAAAUUGCAAUUUGACAGCACUCACCGGGGCUGCGUUAAUAACCCAUUUCCACCUCAGGAGUGUACGGAACAGAUGCAUUUGAAUGAAGGGACCCGCGGAUCCACGGGAUGGUGUCAGUGAGCUGAGGAAACGUCCAGAGUGUGAAACCCGUCAUGUCGUUUUUCAAGAGGAAAGCCAAAAGCAAAGAACCAGAGAGAGUGACAGAUGCUAAAGUCAGUAGAGCUCCACCCAGCCCACACUCUCCAUCACUAGGACUGAGGAACCACCAUGCUAUCCAGGACGCUGCUGGGCCCAGCAAUGUGGCCAUCAACGCCAUCUCCGCCAACAUGGACUCCUUCGCCCGCGGUCGCACCGCCAUCCUCAAGAAACAGCCGAGCCACAUGGAGGCUGCGCACUUUGGAGAUCUGGGUCAUUCCAGCGUGAACUUUCAGUCCCAAGAGACCCGCUCCCGGCUGUCCAAGACGGUGGAGCACGUCCUUCGGGACAAUGUGGCGAUACCCCAUUACAUGCAUUUUAUGGAACUACAGGGCGCUGACCACCUGGUUCGGUUCUGGCUGGAGGCAGAAAGUUUCCGUUCUGUCAGCUGGUCGCGGAUCCGAGCACACAGCCUGAACUCUGUCAAACACAGCUCGUUGGCUGAGCCCGUCCCUGCCUCCCCAGGCGGCUCAGAGCCCCUGGAGCUCGCUCUACACAAACCUAAUGCUCUCACUCGGGACAGUAGCAGUGAAGGCCCGACGGUACACCCAGAGCGGCGGGACUCCUCCAGCACAGAAGCAGGCCUGAGACCUGGCACUCCUGGAGCAGAAACCCCCAGCAGGCAGGCCCCCUCCAGGACAGGGACUCCCUACAAGGUGCAGUCAAAUAGCACCCUGCGAGACCUCUCGGACAAACUCAUGAAAAGUAUAGAGAAAGAUGCGGUUACCAUCUUCACCAAGUACAUCUCACCAGACGCUGUGAGGCCGAUCCCCAUCACAGAGCAGAUCAGAAACGACAUAGUUGCUAAAAUAUGUGGAGAGGAUGGCAUGGUGGACCCAAACUGCUUUGUCAUUGCACAGUCGGUAGUCUUCGUCAUCUUGGAGCAACAGCACUUUACUGAAUUCCUGCGGAGCCAUCAUUUCUGUAAAUACCAGAUCGAAGUGUUGACGAGUGGCUCUGUGUUCCUGGCUGACAUCUUGUUCUGUGAGUCAGCUCUCUUCUACUUCUCAGAGUACAUGGAAAAGGAAGAGGCGAUGAAUGUACUGCAGUUCUGGCUGGCGGCUGAUAACUUCCAGAACCAGCUAGCAGCUAAAAAGGGCCAAUAUGAUGGCCAGGAGGCUCAAAAUGACGCAAUGAUCCUCUAUGACAAGUAUUUCUCACUCCAGGCUACCAACCCUCUGGGCUUUGGCGACUCUGUACGGAUGGAGAUAGAGUCGAAUAUCUGCCGAGAGGGGGGACCACUCCCCGACUGUUUCACCACUCCACUCAGACAGGCCUGGACCACCAUGGAGAAGGUCUACAUGCCAGGCUUCCUGUCUAGCAACCUUUACUACAAAUACCUGAGUGACCUCAUCAACUCGGUGCGGGCGGACGAGUUUGUGAAUGUCAGCACUCCAGGUCAGGGUGGGCUCGCGGACAACGACCGUUCAAGUUCAAAUGCCAGCGAGGGCUCUCAGACUCAGCAAGGUGCCAAAAGAGCAGCGAUCAAGAUCCUGAAAAACUUUGACGAGGCGAUCACAGUGGACGUUGCCAGCCUGGACCCUGAGUCCUUGUACCAGCGGCCAUACGCUGGAAGGAUGACAUUUGGGAAGGUGAAUGAGAUGGGCCAGUUUAUCAGGGAGGCUGAACCAGAGCCGGAUGUGAAGAAAUCCAAAGGUUCUAUGUUUUCUCAAGCCAUGAAGAAAUGGGUCCAAGGCAACUCGGAUGAGGCCCAGGAGGAGAUGGCGUGGCAGAUUGCAAAGAUGAUCGUCAACGACGUUGUCCACCAGUCAAAUCAUGACAGCCCCGGCAAGUCCACCAAGUUAUGACCCCACGGAGGAACCAAAGGACUGUCACUCCAUGCAGACGCUGGCCCAGCCAGUGACAAACUGUACACAGGGUUCACCCUACAAUGAACUGCAUUACUCCAAGAACGAACAAGGCAUUUUAUCACCUCCCUAACCCACCAUCUGUCUGUACAUGUAUGUAUGUGUGUGUGUGUGUGUGGCUGUGAGCUUGGGUGAGUGAUUGUUCACGUAUGGGUUAAUGGAAAAGUUUGAAGUACAUCUUCCAACUCCAACUCCAACACUAUAAAGGUACAUGUGUAGUCGCCAAAGGUGAAGUAAAUCCAAUGUCUUACAUCAGACUACAGUCACUCCUGAAGGAAGAAAACAUUGAAUACGCUUGAAGGAAGCCGGCAUGCAGGAGCAGCAUGUCAGUCAGGACCACCACUGCGUUGCCGUCGCCAUACUGUCUGAAAAAUGUCUCGGACCUAUGGAGGAUGUGACAGACUGAAUUACCCUCGCUCCGUCUUGCAGACCUCCCCACAUCUUUUAUGACCAUUCCUUGUUUUUAGAUGAUAUUGUCUCUUAAGGGUCAGCCACAUAAGGCUUAGGCAGGUGAAAAUCAGCAUUGUACAGUUUUUUGCAUACACUUCCCUCAGCCUGCCUGGAGUAUUGUUAUCUGCUGUCCUACCUUGGCUGUUUGACGUACUGUAGAACAUUUUGGAAAUGUGACAAUGAAACAGAAGAAGAGCCGAUUCAGUUCUUGGACUGGCUGACCUCCUAUAUAAACUUCCUUGGCACCUUUACAGAGUGUAGAAGAAGAAAUACUCCUAAUGAACUUAAGUGCUCCAGUUGUGUUGGGAAAACUCCAAACUCCUUGUCCUAAAUGUUAUAUAUAUAUCUAUAUAUAUGUAGAUUUCUGGUUUACCCCAUAUAUUAAUGUUAGUCCUUUUUUUAUGGUGAUCGCUGUUUUUUUUAAGCAUCACUGAAAAAAACCUCAGUGAUGACCGGACUGUUCAACUGGAAAGUGUGCUCAGUGAAUUAAACCUUUUUUUUUUUAAAACCUAUUUCUUUAGAGCCUUACCAAGAAAUGGAAAGAACCAGAAAAGACUCUUGGUACUAUGUACCACUAAUGUUUUCUGACAUGUAUGUAUGUGUACUUAAUCUAUAAUAUAUUUAAAUUGUGUUUGAUUUAAAUACAUAUAUUAUGAAAUGUAUGUCUGUCCUCAUUUUUUUUUUCUUUGACACAUUUCAUUGUUGGUAUAUUAUUGAGCUUUUAGCCAACUGCUGGAUGUGGUUAUUUUGAUACAGUCUUAUGUUUACAGGCAAAUUGAUUUAAAAAAAAAUAAAAAUAAAUCAUUUUAACAACUGUAAAAAAAGUGACAAGCCUAGUGUCAACAGCUUAAAGGUGACCUAUUAUCACCUCUGACCAGAUGGGGGCAAUGUUGACUGUAUUGCUAUGUUCGAGUAAAACAAAAAAGGAACAUGAAUGACACAGAAUAUUAGUAGUUUGUCUAAUUUUUCAAUAAGGUUACUGUGGCUUCUCUUAUACAGGUCCAGACAAAUCCAUAAAUUGUAAAGUUCAGUUCAACCCAAAGGGCACAUAAGUCACCUUGAGCACGUUAUAAAGCAUUUAAAACGUUGAAUUUAUUCUCUGAGGUCUCACUGUGGUGGUUACAUCUCGCUGUGUGAAGUAUUAAUGACUACAGCACAAUAUAAGCUCUGCAAGUACCCAACAUUGUUCAAAAUAAUUUAACUUAAAAUUGUGUGUAUUUUAACGACAUAUAAGCCUACAGUUCAAACUAAUUAUUGUGAUUGAUGCUACACUAAUUAGCUAUUUUUAGCUAUUUUACCACGCAUUGUUACAUGCUGAAGCGAAUGCUGCUUUCCAUUGAUCUUAUUGUGAUUUCCAGACUGAGGCUACCUGCACGUGCAGAGGCAACGCCCACCUCCAUACAAACUGGCAGCCCCUGUCCUGAGCUCUGAUUGGCUGAGAUACAGUUACAAUAACCGACUCAGACAGACCUGUAUCAGUGGAACAAUGAAGACAACAAUACCCACUUUUACUGUACAUGUCGAUGCUGAGAAGUAUUUGUUUUACGGAAAAUAACGAUUCCUUGAGAUUAAAAAACGUUUAAUGAAUAA